AUGGCCAUGUGUGCCAAUCAUUCCUUACCCUCCACGCCCCUCGCGGCGCCCGUGGCGGGACCCGCACACCCCCCUCUGCGCCCCUGCCGCUCUCUGCCCGAAGGCCCUGCCGUCCGACCGCCGGUGCCGACCCCGGCAGAGCCCAAGACGACGCCGGCACGGGCAGCGGCGGCGGCGCCACUUCGCCUGGCGCCGGAAGAGUUGUUGCAGCACUUGGAGAGAGGGAGGAGUAUGGAUGCCAAACAUCUUCCACACAGCCCCCCAGCCGCUCCCACUCCACAUCAUCAAGCUCAUCCCAGCCAUCCACCAGGAAGCCAUCCAUCGAAUCCACGUCCGGGGCUUCCCCAUCCGAAGACGCCAUUGACGCCGCAGCAGCCAGUGCCACAUCCUCAUGCACAGUUGCAGCAUCCGCACCAUCCACAACAGCAACCUCACCAACAUCCUCAGCACCCUCAGCAUUUGCAGCAUCCACAACAUCACCAGGGAAAACAACCUCCAGCCCCUCCACCGCAACAGCUGCAAUCUGCGCAGGCGCAUCCUGCACAUCCUGCACAUCCUGCACAUGCACAGCAUCCACAGCAGCAUCCACAGCAGCAUCCACAAGGUCCUCAACUGCCUUUGGCCAAGCGAAAUCAAGAGCCCCACGCUGAGCUGGACCAUCAUGAUCAGGACCUGAUGCAGAAGCUGCAUGAGCAGCACGUGACGCGCCACGGCGCGCCGCGCGGCCGCUCCUCGCCAUCGCCGCACGGCGACCGCGGCCACCUGUCGCCGCAGGCGGCGGAGGCCGCGCACGCGGCGCACGCGGUGCGGCGUGAGGAGCAUGCGCAGGGCGGGGUGGCGAAGGCGUUGGGAAAGCAGAUCGAAGAUGCCAUGGUCAAGGCAGAGGAGGUGCAUCAUCAGGAGUGGCCGGAGCUCACGGAGGACGCCUUGCCGCGAGAGAUGGCCGCACGGGAAGCCGAGCUCCGAGUCUUGCGCAAGGAGCUGGAGGCCAGGAACCAGGAGAUGUUUCACCUGGAAGACCAGAUCAAGGACACCGAGGCGAAGCUGGCGGCCAAGAGCGGUGAGGCGGGCGCCAUCAGUGCCAAGGUGGGCGCGACCACGGAGAAGCAUCAAGCACUUUUGGAAGCAGAGGCCAAGCACAUUGACACCCAGGUCUCUUCCUUGAAGGAACGCCUCUCCAGAGUGCAGAAGGAGUUGUUCGAAAAGGACGAGGACUUGAAGAUCCUCCACGAGCAGGUCGCCCACGGCACCAGUGCCGUGAAGGCCAAGGAGCGGGAGCAUCAAGCGCUCUUGGAGCAACACAAGGAGCAGGACGAGGAAGUGGCCAAGCUGCAGGAGAACUCCCGGAAGUUACAGCGGCACAUGUCCAUGGACCAUUGGCGCCAUCAGGUGGAAGCACAAGUGGAGCAGGAGCAGCAUGAUGCCGCCAUGGUGCGGCAACGCCGCGAGAAUCAACGGCAGAUCGAGGUCUUCCAUGAAGAGAUGGGUACUCUGCAAAGCUAUGUGCUGCGCAUGGAGGAGAAACGCAAAUAUCACGAGGAGGAGAUCGCACGCCGGAAGGAGCAUCUCAAGGCCUUGGUCGUGGAGGAGCGCUUGUGCGUGGCCGCGGCGCGCAUGGGGCAACACACGGCGGAGGAGCUGAAGAAGGGCAACAUGGAAGAACAGCGAGCGCUGCAGGCGAAGCUUCAAGAGGAGAUGGGACGACAAGGUGCGCUGGCGCACGAAGCGAAGAGCUAUCACGAGUUUGAGGAGGAGGCGAAGAAGUCCCAGGAGGCGCUCAAAGCCUUGACCGCCUGCGUUCGAGAGACCGCCAAGGUGAUGAAGGAACAUGGACCAAUCGACUUGGGCGACGUGGAGUCGGCACUGAAGAAGUUUCUGCUGGAGAUGCGUCAGCGCGGAGAGAUGGUUCCACCCAUCGUGCGGCUCAGCAGUAGCAGCCAUUUGGUGGCGAAUCACCUCACCAUCUUCUGUGAGCUGUCGUCGGCCGGGCAGCUUUGCGUGCGAACGCGCGCCGGUUUGGUGCCCAUGGCGGAUUUCCUGCGUCAGCAUGGCUAUCUGAAGCAUGCUCCCAAAGCACAUCCAGCCCAAGCCCUGCAAGCCGCGCCUCAUGGCGCGCAUGCGGCGCACGGCAAGGGAGGCCACGGCCAGUUCGGCGUGCAUGGCGCGAUGGCGAAGGGAAAGGGUUCACCAAAGAGUACCUUACGCCCGCACAAGUCUGCACACCACGCAGCAGCCGAAGCGCAUGCAGCGGGGCCUCACACCAUUGUUCACCACCAGGAAGGCUCCACCAUGGUCGUGUGA